UGUCAGAUCCGCGAAACGUAGAAAAUUAAAGCAAGUCACGUAGGUGAAGGAGACGACCGAGAACUUGUCCAUGUUGUCUGAUUGGUGUUCAAGCAGUUUCUGGAGCAGUAGUAGUCAGGCAAAUGAGGCUCCUCACAAAUUGCCUGGCUUUGCUGACCUGGGCAAGGGUUCCCAAGCCAGGUGUUCUGCUCAUGGGAGUCGCGGUGUUGUCAACGGUUGCUGAAGCGCUCCCUUAUAGCCCUGCCCUGCAGAAUAAAUAUGACAUCAAAUCGGCAGUCAGUCGCGCCACGACUAUUAGUGCACUGGAGGAAACGUUUUUACAAGCGCCAGCCGAAGAGUCUACUCGGGAAAAUGUAGAGAACUGGAUCACCCUUGGUCUCUUCCUUUUCAUUAUCGCUUGUUCUCUGAUCUUUGAGAUGGCUUUCGACAGCACGGAGGAAUUCCUGACAUACAGAGGCGUGACAUCACUGUUAAAGAUGCUACGAGGUGCCUACAAGGAACUGACCAUUUUGGGCUUCAUCAGUCUUACAUCGUUUGCCACCGUACGCCUCGGGCAAAUGCAGAGACUCAACGACACGUAUUUAGGUGUCUCAAAAACAGAAGCAGCAGCGCUCCGCGAGGCAACAGAAGCCGGGGAAACUCUGUCACCGCCGACCCACCUAACGGAGGUCUUUGAGGAGAUACAUGUUCUCAUUUUCAUUAUCAUGUUCCUAUUCAUUCUCGCCGCUGCAGUCUUUACCUUAGUAGGCUACCGCCUUCUGAGGAAGUACGAGUAUUUCGACGCCAAGACUGAAACGGACCUCCGAAACGACGUCACAAUGCUGCAGACUUCUGCGGAUGUUAGCGAGCAGCACGUCAGCGAGUCUCUGAUUUACUGGGGCCUUCGUCAAAGAUUUAUUUACCCCUCGAUCCCGUUGGUUCCAAGGCCACGGGAGCGAGAAACUGGCUAUCCACAGUUUUCGUUCUCGGACUACAUCAGCUAUUGCUUUGGCGAGACUCUGACGGGAAUGGUCGAGCUCCCCCCUUCCAUCCUGAUUAUAUCGUUCUUUAUCGUGUUACUCCUCCGUCCCGCCCUCGACCUGUCUGGGAGAGAAAUCAUAGUAUUCAUGAUUCUGAUGGCAUUCGCUCUCCUCGGAAUGACGGCGCUAGCAAUGAUGUAUACAAGAUACAUCAACGAGAAACUACAGCCUCAUUCAGCGAAGUUGCGAGAAUUCUUUGGGGAGAAAAGAGCAAGUAGCGAUCAGAUGCGACAGGCCAUUGCCGCCCCCAUAGAUGACAGACCCUUCGCAGUCGUGCGGUCCACGCUUCCUUGGCGCAGAGUUAGUAACAGGGCAGCGACCCUAUUCCCAUUUGGAAAGCCACUGUACUUCCGGCGUCUUACCCAGUUGCUUCUCUUCUCACACGCCGUUUAUACGGCUGUCCUACUAACACUUGUCACAACAGUGUCCCAAGGAUCAGCGUUUGUAUGGCUCGCCCACGGGUGGUGGUCGUACCCGCUUACGUUUAUACCUUUGCUGGUUUCUUUGUUCAUAUGGGGAAAAUUCUUACCCACGUACUCCAUUACGUACAGUGUCGAUAUGCUAGCUUCAUAUGACGUGAUACGAUCGGUAGAGGCCCGCCAGGACGCGGCGGUCCUCGAGAAAGACCAUCGUUAUCUUGUUUUCAUGAUGCACGAGGCAGAAAAACUCGAACAGGGCAAAAAGGUGCAGAUUCAGCGGAUCCUUUCACAGUAUGAUCAGCUACCGAAGGAGGCGAAAAGAUCAAUCGAGAGCACUUUCCGCGCACUGGCUUCUUCUCCAGAAAAGUUUCCAACAGCUACCGUGCCAGGUGUCGUCACGAAGAAAGAUGUGAAGGAGGUUCUACGUUGUCUGAACAUUCAGACCGGAACGAAAGACGACGCAACCCUUUUCUUGAACGAGUGGUUUGACGCAGUGGAUGAUACCGGAAGCGGCUAUGUCAACUUUGAUAAAUUCAAAGCACUCAUCAUGCUUCUGGGAAACUUCGGCGUGAAGCCGGAUAUGUACCAGCGGUUCCAGGAAGAACGGCUACAGAAGUUGUUCAGAUCUCUUGACGCAGAUCAGGACAACAGGAUAUCGGAAGAGGAGUUACGCCAAGCUCUCCACGGGAUUACUCCCCCGGUGUCAAAACGAGAUGUGGAUCUACUCUUCAAGAGAAUGUCCAAAACUGGGACUGAUAUAGCAUUCGAAGAUCUUCGAAACUGGGCACAGAAAACGCAAACACGCGUUACCGGUCCAGUUCCGGUAUAUCGAUAGUUUGCUGCACAUUGGUUGACAACCGUACAGAAUUAGUCAGUCCCGAAAGCCAUAACACUGUGACAGAAUCUUCAGAGUGAAAGUCGUGAAUGUUGACAGCGAAUAGCAUUAAUCACAGUCGCAUCCUUACACCAUGGCACCAUGAAAUGCGAGAGCAUCCGGUAUUGCUGGAGGAGAAUUAUUGGGCCUCCAGAAGGACGUAGAAAUCCAUACCUUCCAUGGUUUCCUUGAAUCUUCUCGUUGAGAAAAUGCACGGUGAACUAGGUAGACUACUUCACCUGCGAGAGCGUACGCUCCUAAAACAUCCUGCGUAUUGUCCACCUCAUUUUUCGUCGUUCCACACCAAGGCGAUACAUAACCACACCCCAAACAUCGACCGUUCAGUUGAUUACCCACAAUAUAGAUAAAAGUGAAGUUUACUGUGGGACACAUUGGGUGUCACUGGAGAAGAUGAUAACCAACACCCUUCGUGACAAAGAGUCCGGUGAGAUAGUUUACUUAAAUAUUAGCAUUGCGGGCCAUACAGCAUUAGCAACUCGGUGCAAAACCGCAUCCGCGGUUCCCCGGAUCAGGGCUUCAGCUGCUCGAUCGCAUCCACACAGAUUCCAUAUCAGUCGGGCUCAACCACGCCACGUUCCUGCAGCCUUGUCUUCUCCGUUGGAUUGACUGAUGCAGAAUGACAGUGAGAGGCCCCCGCUCCACAGCAUCCGGUGUGUGCCAAACGCUACCGCGAGGAUUACGCACAUUACAAUGCAGCACAAAAGACGGACACCGCAAGAACGACAGUGAUACAUAUGGCGGCUUGUGUUCAUAAACAUAUUCAAUCGUAUCUGUGCUUCCUCACCAAAUAAUCGAGAAAUUAGCGCGCAUCAACCCCAAGCGUGUAC